GGAAUAGAGCUCAACAAUCGUGAACACUCAAAUUUCUACCGGACAGUAACUAUAACUAACUCGAGUAGCAGAGAUUUAGACUCCCGGGCUGCGCUAUGGAUGCCACUCCAUCCAGUUAUCAGGCGAGUUCAAACGCUGCGUCCCCGAAUAAAGUUAUAACAAAGAAGGAUCGACGAGCACAGUUGGUGAAGCUAUUCAUCGUGGCGUUUGUUUCUAUUGGAACAGUUGCUCUCACUAUAUUCGAUGUGAUUCAAACAGCUAAAUCUCUAGAGAAGAAAAUUGAGCUGACAGAUAAAAUUCACGCGAGCAUCGAUGCAGCCAUGUUAAUUCAUAAUUUGCAAAAAGAGAGAGGAAUGACCGCAUUAUACUCCACUCAGAGUCUGUUGAACUCCGACGGACAUAAGCUACGGCAAUUUCGGAAGAAUACAGAUGAAGCUAUUGUUAACUUGAAGACGAGAUAUGGUGGAAGCCUGGAUAAACUAUCGGACGGUCGAGAGCCAUUUGUGAACAUUUUAAAAGAGGCUAGGCGUAUAAUCGACGAAGGAGGAGCAUCAAUCCUUGAAACUUUGCAGAAAUACCGAAAAUGGAUUGAUGAGCUUAUUUUCACGCUCACAGAAUAUUUGAGGACGGAAAAUACGGAUGGAUACGCGCACUUGGUUUACGCAUACGAGCUGUUAAUCAUGAGCAAAGAAGAAGCUGGGAUGGAACGAGCACUUGGUGGUUUGAGAUUUAUAGAAGGAAAAAAUUUCAGCCAUGCAAACACAACAUGGUACAUACAGAAAAGCACACUUGCCCAACAAUACCUCAAGAUCGGUUUCCUAUUUUCGAACGAAAUGAAGGACAUGCAUUCCUCUAUAUUCGCUAACAGUUCGUAUUUGAUGAAAAAAAUUGAAAGAAAAAGAAAACUCUUAUUCAGUGAGUUUCACCCAGAAGCUUCUAAAGAGGAUGGUCUCGAAUGGUUUGAUUUGAUGACAAAAUACAAUAACUUGUUGUUGGAAUUACAGAGGCAGCAAGCUGACAUGAUUAGCACAAUGGUUGAUAAGACAGUUGAUGAAAAUGCAAAUCAACUCGUCAUCCGGUCGAUGCUUUUGUGUUUUACCUUGAUUAUUGUGCCAUGUAUUAUUAUAUCGUUAGGAAUGGUCCAGAAACGUUUCUAUGAAUACACAUUGUCAUUGUUUGAUAAAGUUGGUCUAGAACAAGCGAGAACGGACUUUUUAAUGAGAGAAAAUUCAAGACACAUUGAAAAUUUGUCACAAAAGUGGAGGGAUUUUUCCAAUCAUAACCAUGGCGCUAGUUAUAGCAACAGAGUUGCUCGCAAAGCUGUUGAAAAUGGUAGCCAGUGAAAAAAAAAUGUCGAAGAAAUGAAAAAAACUUCUUGUGGGUUAAUUGUUCGAAAUAACAAGUGUUUUUAAGCAGUCGCGGUUCAACUAUGUAUAAUCAAUAUAUUAGGGCUUUGAAUUCCAAGAAUUAAUGGUGCAUGUGAACUCUCAGCGCCUGGUGAUUGCGUAUUACCAGCAGACAGGUUAAAUGAUUUGAAGUAAAAGCAUACAUACCAUUAACCAAUAACAGCCUGUCUCCAUGUAUUUAGAUAAUUAUAGUCUCUAUGUAUUUAGAUAUACGACUACAUUUGCCUUGUAAAUUGCAAAACGCGAACCGUCCAACUAAAUUUCUUUAUGUCACGAUUACAGGGGCGUAGAAAGUAUCUCAAAUUUGGUGUGGACACGAUUCCUGGAGCACUUCUAAAAAGGCUGCUAAAAUAUCAGCAUGGUAGUUUGAAUGUCCGAUAUUAGUUUGGCUCAAUGAAAUUUGCAUACCUCUUCCGCAGCUCAGUUUUCUGAGUAACAAUAAUGACACAUUAAGUAUUACGCCGUUUUGGAAUAAUUUUGGCUAGAGGUAAUGGUUCUCCCAGCCGGUUUAUCUGUAUAAAACAAAACGAUAUUUAUAGAUAUAUUCAUUUAAAAUUCCAAAUAUUUAUAUGCUCAGAAAAGGGUGGAUGCAAAUUACUGCUAAAACCACAAAGCAAAGCAAAUUGACCCAACCCAAGGAUAAGGUAUGCAUGCAU